CCACGGCCGCGGUGUUCGGAGGAGCGGGCGGUGCUGCCGGGCUGCUGCCCGGGGAUUUACUCCGGCAGACGCGGUGUGUUUAAAACAGCCCCUUUCUACCAUCCCUGCGCCCCCGGCGGACAGGGAGAGGAAGGCCGCAAAGGUGUCCCCGAUCAGGCUCGAGGGGCGGCCGAGGGACGCCGUCUUUGCCGAGCCCCCUGGGGCCGGCGCCGCCCGGCGGGGCAAACUGGGCGCUGGGCUUCUCCUGGCCAGCCGGUCCCACCCAUACUUGCAGCCAUCGCAUCUCUACGCGUGGCCGGUGCUUGGGCUCCGUGUUUAGUGGGGAAAUGUUAAAUGAGCACCUGGUUGCACCUGCUCGGAGCCCGUUCUCAUCCUGGAAACCGCCUGCACCUGAGCGGGCAAGGCAAGGCCACUUUCCUGCCUGGGCAACGCCGGGCUUUGCGAGCCGGUCUUGGGAGGAGAACGGGCUCCGAGGGGGUGACCAAGCCGAAGGAACUGGACAUAGGUGCCAUUUUAAGCGGCUGGAGAAGCUGGGGGAUCUGGCUACAGGCACCACUGUCCGGGCUGCGCGGGGCCGGAGACAGAAAAGGGCCUGGCUUUGUCCGGCAGCCCGGCCACGGCCGGUACAUCUGGAAGCCCAAUAAGUUGGUUUGGAAGCGGCCGUUCCCGAGGAGCCAGCAGAGGCAGGCUUCGUGCAUGGCCGGGCAGCGGCUCCCGCAGCCCCGCCGGCGGCUGCGCGGCUCCGAGCGGGGAGAGCUGCGCCCUGCCCGGGGUCAGCGGGGGCGGCUCGCCCGGCUCUGUCAGCGGCAGUGCCGCCCCCGGCAGCGAGAGCCUUGCCCGCGUCCUUCCCGCGAGCUGGAGAGGGAGAUCGGCGAGAGCUGGAGAGCCCCGGCUGGAGCCGUGCGGAGGGAGAGCUGCAACAGGGCAGAGGAGGAUGCUGAGAUGCUCGUUUCUACAGCUGUACAGCACAGAAACAUUUCUGCAAGCUUGAAGCAGAGGGGCUAUUACAUGGGAGGAAGCACUGAGCACUUCUGGGCAGGCAAGGAUCCAUUGCAAAGCACAUCUAGAAAAGGAAGAUCUUUAUUCUUACUCAUGAGAAAGAUCUGUCAAGUUGGUGUCGUCGUGUCUUUCUCAACGUCAAUCCAUUGUGAAUCAUGCAGACACAUCAGGGAAAGAACAGAGCCUGCUGCAGCCUGUGAGCAACAAGACAUUUCAGCUGGACCACUGCAUAAGGGCUUUGCAAGACCGCCAGUAUUUUUUUAUAUUCAGAGUUAAAUAGAGCAAUAAGAUGGAAUUUCAGCUUUAGUGCAAUGGAUUGCAGCUCUUCAGUCAAUCAAAUUAUAGUUCAAUCAGUUCAUUUUAAUCACUUCUCUGGAGAGAAGUAAACCCCUAUGUUGAAGAAUAUGCAGCAAUUUUAUUGAUGGAAAGUUUAAUUGUUUCAUUUUUCCUUACCGUCUGUAACAUACUAGACUUUUAAUCAGUGGGAACUGAAGUUAUAAUGAAGUAAAGUCCACUUUCCACAGUUCACAACUAGCUGAAAAUAAUUGGGUUGAGACUCCCAUCCAGACAGUGUAAUGCCUCUGGCAUUUUCCUGAAAACUACACUUAAUUGCUUUGCUGAUGUUGUUAAGUGGUCCUAAGGGGGAUGAAGUAGUAAAGCUGCUCACAUAUGCAGGGAAACAAUACACAAAAAAUGUCUUACAAGGUCCUUAAAGGAGGACCAACUAGUGACUAGAAGACAAUAUAUUGCACUUUUCCCCCUCUUUUGGGAAAAGUGCAAUAUAUUAUACCAGAGAGAACACACAGGAGAGGCUGAUAAAAUAAACUGGAAAUUCUAUAAACACUAUUUUUAUUUAAGGGUAGUAAGCUUGGGAGCCAAAAUACAGAAAACGUCAAGGCUCUUGCAAUCAAACCUGCAUCUUUAGGCUAGCCCAAGUUGCUUGGCAUUUUUAUGCUGAACACUGGUGAGCUGCUGCCUGUCUUCAGCACCUUGGCCUGAGGAACAGAUAUACUCUUGUCCUCAGGGAGGGAGGACAGCUUGCUCUCUGUUCUCUAAAGUGACAGGAUGUGAGCCAGGCAUGAGCUGAGAGCCUUGUCCAGACAUCAGUGGGACCAGCACAUGUACCCUGUUAGGCUCUAAAUGUAGCCAGACAAAGAAUAACACUUUGUCACAUUUCCUUAUUUACUGCAUUCUUAGGAGACCCUCCAUGAUUGUAUGGCAUUUGUUUAAAAUGACGAAUUAACUGAUAGUCUCAAGGAUAUUCUGAUGAAGAAAUGCAUUAGCUCUUUAAUGGAGAAAAAUAUUUAUUUAAGCUACUGCCCACUGAAAUCAGUGUUAGAGCUGGAGCUGUUUUGUGGAGAACUAUAGAGCUAAUUUAGAUUUUUUUAAGUGAAGGGCUUUUGUUGGGUUUUUUUUUGGUCUCUGUUUAUUUAGAUAUGUGGGCACAGUAAAGUCUCUCUCAACAACCUGAACUUCCUCAGCUGCUAUUUGUGUAAACUUCAGGAUGACCUUUGCUUAUUCUGUUCUUGCUUUUACAGGCUCUGAACUGAACAACUACCCCAACAACUACUGAUGAUUGUCUAGAAAGGAACAUAGGCAAAAUUGAGACAUGAGGUUCUAAGCUAAAAUCUUAAAAGUUCCCUUAACCCUACAUCUGACCCCAGGUGCCUUUGAGAGUCUCUGAAUUGACACCUCAAAUUUUGGCCAGCAUAUCUCUCCCAGCACCUAAAAUUAUGCUUUUUCCACUAAAAUAGGCUGAAGUCUAGACAGGACUCAAGUACCUUGACAUGUUAGGCUGACCAUUCCCCCCUAAUAUUAAUAAACUUUAACAUGUAUUUCUCUUCUUGUGAAAUAAUCACCUCCCAUGUGCUGGAACCACCAAUCAUCUGCCAAGGAGAUCAGCCCUCAGUGAGAAAGUGCCCUGUGUCCAAUUCACUCUGCUUGCCUGUCUCUGGGAGAACAGCUCAGCAGCAGCAGUGCUUGGGCUCUGCUAUUCCUGGGCUUUGUUUUGCCAUGAGUAACAUGAAUGGUUUGGAAUGGUUUUAGCAAAUGCACCAAAUGAGGACUGUGUUGUGACAACUGAUGGGAGACGGUGCUUGGGUUUCGUAUUCUCAGAGAUGCUGAAGGACUGGAGGAACCAGGGCAAAUGUACAGUGCAGAGGGCAAAUAACCAACCUAGUGUGGCUGGCUGAAAUUUGCCUGUCUUGUCUGGCUGGUUUAGAGGGUACCCUGCCACAACCCUUCUUUUGGGGACAGAGUUCUCCCUGGAGCUGUAAUGCAGUCCCGUACAACUGCCAGCCGGCCUUUAUUGCCAAGCAGAGCUGCUUGCUGGGGUUCACAUACUUGAAAGUCUUAGCCUGGGUCUCAGUGGAAACAAGGAGGAGAAUGAUUUGACACACAUUCCCCUGAUUUGACAUACUGUGUGGUUACAACAUGGUGUGUCCUCCACAAGAAAUCCAAAAUAUGUGUUGCUGUGCAGGCACAAAUCCGACUGUUCCUGAUAAACUGUUCAUGUGGAAGGAUACAAUUUGCAUGGUUGUCAUCAAAGCCAGUGUAUGUAUUCAUUUGUGGAAGCAUGUCAGACACCAUAUGUCACUAAUAUGCCUUUGAUAUGAUGGUGUCUGAAUCAUUUUUUUAACUGCUGAAUGGCAUAUGUUUAAAUGUAAGCAUCUGUUCUGUGUCUGUACUGUCUGUAUUAUUUAUUAUUUAUUUCUUAUUUUCUUUUGACUAAAAGUUUGAUUUAAACCUAGAAGAAGUGUGGGAUUCAUCUUAUUUUUAAAGAAGUAGAGUUUUAGUAGUAUUUCAGAAUGUGGCCAAUGUGUAUCUUUUCACAGACAAGAUGGUAAUUUAAAAGAGAAUUUUUUCCCUUUUCAGUAAUCAGAAAAAAAAAAAAGUUCUCAGGCCAAAGAAAUAUUAGAUUUGAGUACAAGUUGGUUAAAUGAAAAAAAUAUUGCAGUUUCUGCAGUGUAUGGAUUUGCUGAAAAGAAGUCCUUGUAAGAGCCAUAUGUUACACCAUGGUGACAGUAAAUUGGUUCUACCCAGAAACUUUUCUGAUUCUGUUAAAGAACUUGUUAUAUAAUAAAUGACUUAAUAAAGGAAUGAAAUAAUA